AUGUCUGCAAGAGAAUCUCUGGACACACUUUUGGAGUUGCAAGAAGUUAAUGAAAGCUCAAAGUCUUCCGCUCAAUGGGAAGAUUCGCGCAUGGCUGUUGAUGUGGUAUUUAAGAUCUGGAAUAAUCAAGAAAAGUUUCCUGACCGCCCUGUUCGGUACUUCUUUGACAAAAAUGUGACUGUGAUAGAGGCUGGCAGAUUGGCGUUUGAAGAGCUUGUGGAUGACUUUCGAGGGAAAUUUUAUGCGUCUAUUGCAGGGAACACUGUGUUGGUAGUCGGAGAUAACAGCGAAAAACUUUCUACAUUCAUCCAAAAUGGGGAGCAGUUGAUUCUUUCAGAUGUCCCUGACUACAAUCGGAGGAGAGAGACGAGAGAAACUAAGUUGUUUAUUAUAGUCGUGGGAAUUUUCGUUUUUGCAGCAGCUAUGUUUGUUGUGAUACAACAUUAUUCUUAA